GAAAAAGAAUGAGUAUUCUCACGUUUACAUUUCAAAUUCUUAUUAUUUGCGGGUGUUGGCCACCGAAUUCAUGGACAUCACGAUACAAACGUAUUAUGUAUGCUGUAUAUACAGUUUGUAUAGUUCUGUUAAUAAGUACAUUUAUGUUGUCACAAUUAAUGGAUAUAAUUCUGAGUGUCAACAAUACCGACGAUUUUGCCGAGAAUUUUUAUAUGACGCUUACCUCGAUCGUAUGUUGCUACAAGAUGUUCAGUUUAUUGAGAAAUCGCAGCAAUAUUGCGAUGCUGAUUGAUAUUUUGAUGAAGAAACCAUGUCUGCCCAUCGAACUUGAUGAAAUAGAAAUUCGACAGAAAUUCGACAGACUUAUACAGAAAAACACACUAUAUUACGCAACUUUAGUUGAAUUGACAUGCGCGUUUGCAUUAGUAACAUCAUUCUUUAGAGAUUACAGAAAGGAUAAAUUACCUUUCAGAGCAUGGUUACCAUUCAACUAUUCUUCACCGAUGUUAUUUGAAAUCGCUUAUGUGCAUCAGUCAAUAAGUUUGACGGCUGGAUCGGUCCUCCAGAUUGCCUGCGACAGUUUAAUUUGCGGAUUAUUGAUGCAUAUUUGUUCUCAAAUAGAGAUAUUCGAAUGUCAUCUGAGAAAAAUCGUAAAUAAUUCGCAUUUUCUUCGUGAAUGCAUCAUGCAGCACACAUGCAUCUCUAAAUUCGCGUUUAUGGUAAACAAAAAGUUUAGAUCGAUCAUUACUGUUCAAUUUGUAGUGAGUAUGUUGGUAGUGUGUUUUAAUCUAUAUCAAAUGACACAGAUGACCAUAAAUGCGAAAUCUAUUCAAAUAAUGUUAUAUAUGUGUUGCAUGCUGACACAAAUCUCUAUUUACUGCUGGUAUGGAAAUGAAGUCAAGCUUAAGAGUCAACAACUAAUCUAUAACGUGUUCGAAAUGGAAUGGCUUACUUUGGAUCAUAACGUGCAAAAGAGUUUGUUAAUAAUUAUGACACGUAGUAUGAUACCUAUUGAAUUCACCAGUGCUUAUGUUAUCUCUAUGAAUCUUGAAUCAUUUGUCACUUUGCUCAAGACAUCGUAUUCUGCUUAUAAUAUACUUCAACAGAUGCAGAAUUGUACGUUUACACUAUCGCAAUUUCUGGAUCUAAUCCUAAUCGUGGACAAUCCGGAUGACUUUACCGACAAUUUCUACAUGCUUCUUGCCAUGAUUAUUUCCUGUUUUAAAAUGUCUAGCUUGUUAGUAAAUCGCGACAAUAUUGCGAUGCUAACAGACGUUCUUAUGAAAAAACCGUGUAUACCAAUCGAACCAGAUGAGAUAGAAAUUCGACGAAAAUUCGAUAAACUUAUCGAGUUUGCCUUUAUGAUGAAUAAGAAAUUUAGAUUGACCAUUACCUUUCAGUUUAUAGUAAGUACAAUGGUAGUGUGCGUUACUUUAUAUCAACUGACCAAGACAAAUGCGAAUAUAAUUCAAUUAGGAUUGUACAUGUCAUCAAUGCUGACACAAAUCUUUUUGUAUUGUUGGUAUGGAAACGAAGUUAAACUAAAGAGUAUGCAAUUGACCAAUAACCUAUUUGAAAUAGAAUGGUUUAUGCUGAGAGAAGAUGUAAAGAAAGAUUUAUUGACAAUUACAAGAUGCGGUACAGUUCCCAUCGAAUUUACGAGCGCUUACAUUUUUCCCAUGAAUCUCGAUUCAUUUGUGGGUUUGCUCAAGAUGUCAUAUUCGACUUAUAAUAUACUUCAGCAAAUGCGAAAUGAAAAUGUCGAAGUUAUAAUGCGAGUAUUAGACUUUACAUUUACAAUUUUAACACUCUGUGGUUGCUGGACACCGGAUUCUUGGAUAUCUUCCUACAGACGUCUCCUGUAUUAUGUUUAUGCAAUUUUCAUAUUUCUAUUAAUAAAUACGUCUACACUAUCGCAAUUCCUGGAUCUAAUACUAAUCGUGGACAAUCCGGACGACUUUACUGACAAUUUCUAUAUGCUUAUUACUAUGAUUGUUUGUUGUUUUAAAAUGUCUAAUUUAUUGGUAAAUCGCGACAGUAUCGCGAUACUAACAGAUAUUCUUACAAAAAAACCAUGUAAACCAGUGGAACCAGAUGAGAUAGAAAUUCGACAGAAAUUUGAUAGACUUAUCGAAGUGAAUACGCUGCAUUAUGCGAUUCUAGUUGAAUUGUCAAGCUUAUACACAGUGAUACAAUCAUUGUUCACGGACUACUGGAAAGGAAAGUUAUUGUUCAGAGCCUGGUUACCGUUCGAUUACACUUCAACAGUACUUUUUCACUUUAUGUACUUUCAUCAGUUGAUAGGCCUACUUGUAGGGGCCCUUCUGCAUGUUGCUUGCGACAGUCUGAUAUGUGGAUUAAUUUUACACAUAUGCUGUCAAAUAGAAAUAUUGAAUUCUCGUAUGAAAAGAGUUAUACAUAAUCCAAAAAUUCUUCGUGAUUACGUCGCUCAACAUAAUCUCAUGAUCAAGUUUGCCUUUAUGGUGAAUGAGAAGUUCAGAUUAAUCAUUACCGUUCAAUUUAUAGUAAGUACAUUGGUAGUGUGUGUUACUUUAUAUCAACUAACUAAGACAAAUGCGAAAGUUCUUGAAUUAGUAUUAUAUAUGUCGUGCAUGCUGACACAAAUCUUUUUGUAUUGUUGGUAUGGGAACGAAGUUAAACUAAAGAGUAUGCAGUUGAUCAAUAACUUAUUUGAAAUAGAAUGGCUUGCAUUGGAGAAAGAUGUAAAGAAAGAUUUAUUGAUAAUUACAAGGUGCGGUAUCCUUCCCAUCGAAUUUACGAGCGCCUAUAUUUUCCCCAUGAAUCUCGAUUCGUUUGUGGGUUUACUCAAGACAUCAUAUUCGACUUAUAAUAUACUUCAGCAAAUGCGAGAUGAAGCGGUCGAAGGAAAAUGA